GAACUCGGGCGAUCGAUCGAUCUCCCAGAUCAAGGUUCAAGUUUCCUUUUAUGUAAGGUCGUCCUUUCCCUGAACAUAGUAGUCACCGAUGUGCAUCAUGUCGUUACCACUUUCUAAACAACACCAUGCUGUCCCUUGGCAGUGUUCCGAGCUUUGCGUCUAUCCUACCUGCUGUCCGCACAUAUUAAAAUCGUGGAGCACAUAUUCUCUGACAUCUGUAGGCCCUAUAUAUCACAUUGCUCUCAUUUCUCUUAUACAGUAUAAUCAUGCCAGACCAACUCGUGGUCAACCAAGAAGUCUUCGACGAUGGCGUUUGUGGCACAUACGCCAACCCGUCCAGUAGUCUUCCCUGCAUCAAUGGUGACAUGACGUCUCCUUCAAAUCCGCGGAGCUCAACAACAUACCCCAAUCAUGGGCUCGCGGUGCCCCAUCCGACAAUGUCAAGCCUCAAUCAUGGUGGUCAGCCCGCCUCCUUAUCUGGCCCACCGACGUCGGACGUUCCAUCGAGCAGCACUAGAUAUGCCUGCUACGACUCCACACAGGAACAAUGUUUAACACAAUCCGUUUCCGGAUUUGAACCUCCUUCGUAUUGUGGCUCCUGGCGCGACCCAUCAACACUUCACAAUUACAGCUAUCAGCACGACCCCGUGUUAGAAGGCACCCGGGCCUGUGCUCCUGCAAUGGGGCACGACAACUGGCCUUCACACACAUUCCAAAUGCAUUAUCCAGUUGUCUACCCUGAAAUUCCUACCUCUGAUUUUCGGCUGUAUAACGAGCCGUCGCAUCAAUGGCAAAGUUUACCUCAGCCAGGCCCUCUAAAUGGGCCCCUCCCUCCGAUGACACCUCCGCCUUUAGCGGCGGAAGAUUUGCAAAUGGGAUUUUCAUCACAGGCCCCCAUAUUCGACCCCACUUCGUAA